AGGGAUAAGGACCUGGAGAAUAUUUAUGGAAGAAAAUAAAGAGUGGACGAAAGAAAAGAAGAAUCCUCUUGAACCAGAUGAGUUGAUAAAGAUAGCUAAUUAUUUGAAGAGAAAAGGGCUGGAGGAAACAGAAGCUAAGUAUAGACAGACUACUGUCAAGUAUUUUAGAGCUGAGAGUUUCCAUCAGAUAUAAUCAAAGAAAAUUCAGAAGAAAUUCUUGGACUGGUUGCUAAUAAACUCUCAAUUCUUAAUCGUAAUGAACUAAUAGAUUCAAAACUACUUGGAACCGCUUUUAUUGUUCAUGGCCUAAUGAAGAGCUAUAAAAGAAGUAGUGAAGAUAAAAGCAAGCACCCAAAAGAGCUGUUUUAUGCUGAUUUUACAAUGGAAGAUAAAGGAUUUUAUGCCUUUGAUAUACAUGAACCUCAGUAUAAUUCCAAACAGAUCUUUAUCCUGUUGAUCAUAUGAAUUAUGUGAUUAAUGCUACUGCUUAUAUGGACAGAUUCAAUAAGAAGUCAGUUCCAGGGAACUCUGCUUAGACUAUGCUCUUAUAUAAUCAGAUUCUUGAUAAUCAGAUAUGUGCUAUUCAUGAUAAGUUUUUGCUUAGGGCAAGAAUUUUGGAUAUUCGCAAGGCUAUUUGAUCUAAAUGCUACAAUCAAAGAUACAUUCUUCCCAAUUAUUUCCAUUAAUAAAAAUAAGAAAGGAUUGUCUUAUUUAAAGAUCUUUCUAAUGUUUAUAAUCUUUAUGUUAGUUGUUUAUGUCUACCUCAUUGCGAGAAAGCAUAUUCAUGCUACACAGACCAUGGAUUUUCUUAUUCCUAAGAAUGACAACCAAACCAAUCAUUUGGAAGGAAACAACACUGAGUCUAUUUUGAAGAAUACCACCCAAGACACAAAACCUGCCGAUCCCUCUCCAAGUACAAACUCCAAAAAGUCAUCCUCCGACCAGAAGGCCCCAGUCACUGACCCACAUGAAGAAAAAGUCCAGGCUAAAGAAGGAGAACAAGCAGGAAUGGAAGAGAAGAAGGAGCAGAGAGGUUCAAGUGAGGAAUUUAAGGAAGAUACAGAACAAACCAAUCCUCCAACCCCCCACAAAGCUGAAACUCCAACAAAACCCCCAUCUACCCCCUCUAAAUCCAACCCCAAAAGAUCCCAAGAACCCAAACCUACUAAAAAUAAAGCCAAACCCAACAAAGAAACCCUGAAUAAACUAUCAAGCCUAAAACCAAAACGCCCCAAGAAAAAAUCAUAACCUCUUAAGCCAGGAGCCCUU